UUGUUUACGCGUUGUACGAGAGCGAGCGGUGGUGGCGCAGGAGAAAGAAAGAGCGAGCUAGCGCCAUAUAGCCACUCCACUGGUAUAGUCGCGCGGAGCGGGAGAGAGAGAGAGAGAGAGAGAGAGAGAGAGAGAGAGAGAGAGAGAAGUCCAGGCGAGCGAGCGAGUGUAGCAAGCGUGUGCCCUGCCCAGUCUCAGGCAUUCCCUCGCGCAGCGCGCAUCGGUGCGGCCCUUUCUCGCCUCAUCUCUCCCAUACACAGACACACGUACACAGAUAUCCAGACUCCAGCGACUCCUCGUAAUCGAAUCAGUCGAAUUAGCCGGAUUAUAAAGCUCGACGAGCGGCGCCACGACAACGACGAGCCCACGAAGGAAAGGAGGACGCCGAAGUGCGUCCUUAAGUGAGCUAGGACUGCAGCCGGCCAGCGUACGCCGAAGGAAAGGGCCACGCGCCGUCUGCCACAUCGCCGUCAUCGAGUGCUUCUUUCUGCCCCGAGAGAGGAGAAGAGCUGCAGUAGUGCCUGUGUAGUAGAUAGUAGUAGUAACUAGUGCUCCGGUGUGUACACAACAGCCCAGAGCGGGCGUCGCGCCAGCGCUAACUUUCCAUGGCUAACUUGCCGCGGUUCUAACAUCUUGGAGAAGCCAAAAAGUUAAGCGUUGAAAAUGCCGGAGGAACGGAAGCCAAGCGUCGGGCCGGCGGAAACGGCGAACGAAAAUGGGACCAGCUCGCCCAGCAAGAGUCCGCUCAGCAAGGGCAAGCUUGCCCUCGCGAAGGUCACUCUCCUGGACGGCACCGUUAGAGACUUCAACAUCGAGAGAAAGGCGAAAGGCUACGAGCUUUUGGAUAGAGUAUGUCAGAGCAUGAAUCUUUUGGAGAAAGAUUAUUUUGGACUGAUUUACGAAGACAAAUACGAUCCUCGCAAUUGGCUGGAUUUGGAAAAGAGAAUCUCAAAGUUCCUAAAACACGAGCCUUGGAAGUUACACUUCGAAGUCAAGUUCUAUCCACCCGAUCCAGCGCAAUUGCAAGAGGAUAUAACGCGCUAUCAGUUGUGCCUGCAAAUUAGGAAUGAUAUAAUCACAGGGAGAUUGCCCUGCUCUUUCGUCACGCAUUCCCUUCUCGGCUCCUAUCUCGUGCAAUCCGAAGUGGGCGAUUACGACAAGGAAGAGCAUGGCACGACUUACUUGAAAGACUUCAAAUUCGCACCCAAUCAAACACCCGAGUUGGUCGAGAAGGUUAUGGCCCUUCACAUAACGCACAAAGGUCAAACACCUGCCGAAGCUGAACUGCAUUACCUUGAGAAUGCAAAGAAACUAGCUAUGUACGGCAUCGAUCUCCAUCCGGCGAAAGACUCCGAAGGUGUGGAUAUCACUCUGGGCGUCUGCUCGACGGGAUUGUCAGUUUACAGGGACAGACUCAGGAUCAACAGGUUCGCAUGGCCGAAGAUCCUUAAGAUUUCUUACAAAAGGCACAAUUUCUACAUCAAGAUCAGACCUGGCGAGUUCGAGCAAUUCGAAUCGACCAUUGGAUUCAAGCUAGCGAACCACAGGGCAGCCAAGAAACUCUGGAAAACAUGCGUGGAGCAUCAUACUUUCUUCAGGCUCAUGAGUCCUGAGCCUGUAAAGAAAGUAGGAAUAUUGCCUCAUCUGGGAUCGAAUUUCCGAUACUCAGGACGAACGCACUACGAAACGAAGAAGACUCCAAUCGAAAGACAACCUCCGAAGUUCGAAAGAUUCCUCAGCGCACGAAGGCUGACGUCGCGAAGCAUGGACAGCUCGUCACAACCUGUGCUUUCAGCUUUAGGUCAACAGAAGAACCUUGAACCCUAUAGUUCAGAGCCAAGCAAACGACAUACUAUGAGUUACGAACCGGAAACGUUGCCUACCAUGGAGCAUAUCGACCAACGACCCAGUCCUAUUAAAAAGCAGAAGGAAAAGCUCGCACGAAAAACAAGCGCCGGAACGACAUCGGCCAGCAGUGCAAGUAGCCUGGAAGGAGAAUAUGACGCCGGUGGAAAGAAACCGGCCGGAGGUAUCGCAGUCCUACCGACCGGUAGUCUUUCCAAGAAGAAGAAGGAUAUUAAAAACGAAAACGAAAAGGAAAACCAUAACGAUCUCAACAAAUCUGACGUAAUAAAUGAUAGCUCGCAACUUGAGAGCAUUGACGAAAAGUUGCCCGCGAAAAAGGACGCAAAAAAGAAAGAUAAGAAGGGCGAUAAGACCCCAGACAAGCCCGAAAAAACUGAAAAGGAAAAGAAGGAGAAGAUCAAGAGUCCUGUCAGUGCCUUCGGACUGUUCGGUAAGCGAGACAAGGACGACAAGCAGAAGAAGCAAAAGAAGAACAAGGAGCUCGACGAUUCCAAGGACAAGAGCGAUCUCGAGUCUGAUUUGUCCACCUCCGAAAGGGUCAAGACCCCCGACGAGAAAUCCGACGCCGAGAAGUCAAAGACCAUCCCCGAUAAGCUGGCCUUCACCAAGCCAUACGAAUACGAAGAGCACGAGUCCUCGCCGACGAAGAAGCGCUUUACGCCUCAUGGCUUCACUUAUGAAGACAAGCCAUCCUCUCCUGGUCCUGAGAAUCAGCAGUCGCCCACCUCGGGCAGUCGCAAAGCCACUGGUUUGGCCUUCAACUAUGCGCCCGGUGAGAACAAGAAACUCGAGGAACAUGCCGAAAAGUUAAAAGCCAAGGAGCCCGAGCAGAAGCAAACUCCGGUAGUCCUUCCUACUCUCACUCCAGUGGGACUGAAAACUCCAGGAAUCAACUACGUUGAAUCCGCUGGACUGAAGGAACAGCAGAAAGGUGUUGCCCAACCUGCCGCCGUAGCCACGCCUGCGCCGGUGGUGACCAAACCGGUCGUACAGCCUCCAGCACCACCUACCUCGACUCCAGCAGUUCUCGGUAAGGACGCCAAGAGCGCAUCUGCAGCGCUUAUCAAAGGCGAGGCUAAAGGUCAGGAUAUCCAAGUAGCGCCCGGUGCUAUUAUCCCCGGUACCGAGAAGAUCGAUUCCGAUUACCACGUGCUGCCUCUACCCGACGGUUCGCAAAUAAUCGGCGGCGUUAUCUUCACCAAGGAGGGCAAACCUCUGGACCAACACAGUUUGGGCCCUGAUGGUUCCCGCGUCAUCGACGGUAAAAUCUGUUCCAAGGACGGAAAGCCUAUUAAGAAAGCUGAUUUCGGACCCCACGGCACGCACAUUGCCAGCGGCAUCAUCACCGGCAAAGACGGCAAACCUCUGUACCAGGAAGUCUUGGGAAUCGAUGGCAACUCUAUCAAGAACGGUAUCCUCUACGGCCCUGACAACCAGGUUCUAAACCGACGAGGCCUGGGACCAGAUCACGCGCUCGUGAAAGAUGGUAAGAUCGUGAACAAGAAUGGCAAGCCCCUGCAGUACAACAAACUGGGAGCUGACGGAACUUACGUAAAAGAAGGCCUGAUCUUCGCCCACGACGGCAGACCUCUGACCCAGGGUUCUUAUGGAGCCGAUGGUAACUACAUAGUUGGCGGAAUCGUCUGCAAGAACGACGGCAAGCCCCAACAGCAGAUCGCCCUGCUGCCCGAUGCCACGUACAUCAACGACGGUCUUAUCUAUGGUAGGGACGGAAAACCCCUGGCCAGUGGAGAUCUCGGCCACGAGGGACACUACGUUACAGAGGGCAAGGUCUAUGCGAAAGAUGGUAAACCCGUGAAGCAUGUGACCUUUGCCUCCGACGGAUCUUCAAUCAAGGACGGUGUGGUCUACGGCAAGGACGGUAAGUUCUUGAACCAAGGAUCUCUGCUGCCCAACGGUGCGCACCUUCAGAACGGCAAGAUCGUUGGAAAGGAUGGCAAGGCCAUCAAGCAUGCAUUCUACAAACCUGAUGGCAGCUUCGUCAAGGACGGUGUAAUUCACGGCAAAGAUGGUCGGCCACUUAACCAAAUUCCUCUGAUCGUGGAUGGUGCCUUUGUCAAGAACGGUUUGUUGCACGACAGGAACGGCAAGCUCUUGAACCAGAGUCUCUUCAAGUCUGACAAUACUGUCGUCAGGGAUGGAGUGAUUCUGGACUCGAACGGUGCACCGCUUAAGCAGGCCAUUUUGGGGCAUGAUGGACUGACUAUCAAAGACGGAAACGUCAUUGGCAAGGACGGCAAGCCGGUCAAGCAAGAGUCUCUUGGCUCGAAUGGUAGCUACGCGAAGAAAGGACUAGCGCAUUUCAAGUCGGGAAAACUUCUGAAUCAGGAUAGCCUUCUGCCUGAAGGUCUGGCCAUUAAAGACGGCAAAAUACUCACAAAGGACGGCAAGCCCAUCAAAUUCAGUUUCUUCAAGCCCGACGGAAGCUACGUUAAGGACGGCCUAAUCUACGGACAAGAUGGUAAACCCCUCAAUCAAUGCUCUACGCUGCCAGGAGACAGCUACAUCGCCAACGGCGUUAUUUUCGAUCACUCGGGUAAGCCCCUGAACCGUGACGUUUUUGGUUCAGACGGCUCCUACGUGGCUGCUGGUCUCAUUCACGACAAAGACGGAAAAAUCGUAGCCGAAGGCGAGUUUGGACCUGACGGCAAUAAAAUCAAGAACGGCCUAAUUAUCGGCAGGGAUGGUAAGCCUUUGACGCAAGACGACAAUGGUCCCGAUGGUAUUGCCAUCAAAGACGGAAAAAUCGUAGAUUCUCAAGGACAGCCAAAGAACCAAUCGUCCCUAUUGCCUGAUGGAUGCUACAUCAGGGAUGGAGUUGUAUAUGACGUGAACGAGCGACCGCUAAAACAAGGUGCCUUUAGAACCGAUGAAACCUACAUCAGAGAUGGCCUUAUCUACGGCUGGGGAGGACAGCUGCUGAAUGCUGGAUCUGCUUUACCUACUGGCUACUAUGUAGAAGAGGGACGACUGUUCGGCAAAGACAACCAGCCUCUAAACCACAGCUCGUUCGGAUGCGAGGACGGUUACAUUCAAAACGGCUUCAUUUACAGCAAGGACAUGAAGCCUAUGAAGCGCGGAACCUUUGGUGACGAUGGAAGCUAUAUUCAGGAUGGCUCUAUCUACGGUCCCGAGAGGACUCCCCUGAACAAGAGGCUCUCGAUUGUUACCAUCACCUAUUACCGGUACGGACUCGUUUGCGACAAGGAUGGCAAACCCAUUAAAUCAGCUAUGUUCAACGAGGACGGUGCGACCAUCAAGAAUGGGCGAAUUUACGAUCGCAGUGGCCAGCCCUUGACUCAAAGCAAAGCCAACCCCGACGGUACUAUCGUCAAGAACGGUCUAAUGCUGGGACCCAACGGAAAGCCACUACUUCAGGGAACUCUGAGCUCCGAGACGUGUUACGUCAAAAACGGAAAGGUUUACGAAGCCAACGGACAGCCCCUGACUCAAGAAGCCUUUGGGCCUGAGGGUCUCAAGGUAGUACAGGGCGUCGUCGUCGAUGAUGCUGGCAAGCCUUUGAAAAAUGCUAUCUUUGAUGCCGAGGGCAAUGCUGUCAAAGACGGAGUAGUCGUUACACCCCAGGGUAAACCACUGGAGAAGCAUUACACAACGAUCACGAUAACAAUGAUAAAGCGAGGCCUAAUCUGCAACAAAGAUGGAACACCCGUAGCCAGUGGUACGUUCUCUGAGGAUGGCAGCUUCGUGAAGGACGGCAAGGUUUACGAGAAGAAUGGAAAACUCAAAAACCAGGAAUCGAUCGACGAUAGCGGUGCCUUCAUCAAGGAUGGUGUCGUCUAUGCCAACAACGGUCAGCCACUGGAAAAAGUGGAUGUUGAUCUGAGGGAUCUGAAAGGUGCUGCACAGAAAAUAAACGUGCCAAAACAGAAGAAAGCGGCCGUACCCGUCAGCACGCCAACAAUUGUCAAGUCAACCACGAAGCAGUCGGUGAUCAAGGAUCAGGGAGGUGUUACCCAGAACGUCGAAGAGAGAGUCGAGGAUCUGACACCCGGUGGUACCGGAGAGGUUACCGUUUCUACGCAUACCAACAAGGCCGAGGCACCUAGUGAUGGCACAGCUCCAUACAUAUCAGCUACAGCAGUGACAACUCGAACAGCCACGAUGCACGAGGAUCUUGAAAAGAACCAGAAGACCAGUCAGGUUGAAGAAAAGACUGUAGCGCACACAACCGCGACCAGCGCCACCAGACAGGAACAGCGCACCGUGACGCAGGAAGUCAGGACUACGAGUCACGUGCAAUCCGGAGAACAGCUGUUUUCACGGCGUCUCAGUACAUCCAGUUCGAGCAGUUGCGAUUCCGGAACCCCCAUCGAUCUCGAUGACGAUCAACAGGCAUUCUGCAAUCAGUAUUAUCAGGCAGAUCCGGGGGUAAUAGUCGCGACUGAGAGCCACGUUUAUUCAGCUGAGCCAGAGAAUAAUGUAACAACGACAACGACGGUGCCAUUGGUGGCGACAGAAUCAAGGAAGGUAGCUGUCGAAAGCGAAGACGGAAACUACAGCGCAACCGGCGAAAUCGUUAGUUCGCAAACCAUCUCCAGCAAAACUCGUACUGUUGAAACCAUUACAUACAAAACCGAACGAGAUGGAGUUGUGGAAACACGAAUGGAACAGAAGAUUACGAUACAAUCCGACGGUGAUCCAAUUGAUCAUGACUUAGCCCUAGCAGAAGCUAUUAAGCAAGCUACUGCAAUGAACCCAGACAUGCAAGUCGAGAAAAUUGAAAUUCAAAAGCAGACAGCGCCGUAAUUUUGUAAAUCGGAGUAAUCAUUAAUGCAUUAGGGUGCCCUGCCUGUAAAAUAAUAAAAGUGCACGUCUUGAUCCGCGAAACUUGACUGACAUAAAAUAAUGUAACUGUAAAUCUUAUCAAUUACGAUAUGUGUUCAUGUUAACUUUUGAAAUGUCUAAGAAGAACAAUCUUAUAACUCACGAUCGCGACACUAAUAGUAGAAUAUUGCCAGUUAAAAACAUGCGGCAAUAAUAUGUUAGCUUGACUCUUGAUUAAAAAUCAAGAAUAUGUGAGCAUCUGGUUCUUGACUAUAUAGAGUUUAUAUACGAGAUCUAUAGAAACUGCGUGCAUGGCAAACGUGUGAACAAUAUAAUUAUAUUACCGCAUAAACGUACUAUGUAUACAAGUUGUCAAAUGUGAUGUAUUGGCUUGAGAAAUAAAAGCAAACAGGGUGCCCUACGUUUAAUACUGAGAUGACAAAAAUAAAAGACUUUUGCGGACGUGAGCAAUAGAAUUGCUAGCGCAGCGUUGAUAUACAUAACCAUCUGAGAGCAUUACUUUAAAAUGGAUAAAACAAGUGUCGCGAUUUAAUCCAAGUCCAUCUUUUACUUUGUAAAUUCGUUCUUCAUGCAUUAACUCUUCCGAGCUUCAGCAUUUUCUUUUAGCAUUUUAAAAGUCACUACAUGUAUUAUAUCUGUAAGUGACGUGCGAAAUCUGAUGUGAUGAGCGAACGUAACAAUUGUAGCUUUGUUACGAAAUUGCCUGUAUAGUACGAUUACUCUGAUACAGUAGAUAUUUUGACACUUAAACAGAUAUUAUAUACUGGAGUAAAUAAAUCUGGAUAUAAAAUAUUAAUAUAUUAUAUAUAAUUAGGCAAUAGGAACCCGUGAAUCGACAUCUUUUUCAAGAAAAUGCAUAAAAACAAAAGAAAAUAUCAAAACAAUCCAAAAGUAAGCUUGAUAGAGAUUGAGGAAAUUAUGUGGAUUUUACUGUUUCAUGCAAAAUAUUAGCUAUAACUAUUAAUUAUAAUAGAUUAAUAAAUUAUAAAUACAAUUAAAUACCAAUAGCAAUGAUGCUUUGGUCAGCGUAUAUGUCUAAAUUUAGCUGUAGAGUGUGUAGCUCUAGGUCUACAUAUUUUUUAAGAUUUUUGUUGAUUUAAAUAUAUAUUUUACUUUGUUUUUAAUGUAAUCCAUCCAUUUGAAGAAGCGGCAAAAUUUAACAACCAACUUAAUAUUCUUUUCACUUUUUAUAGUAAAGAUUUAAAUAAAAAGUUAUAAAUUGAAAAACAGUUCAAAAAUAAUAAAUAUAUUUCAUGCUGCAAAUAAAUCUUGUUAACCUGUAUUUUAAUUGCAAUUCUUCUCAUAUAAGUCAUAUAUUAAGGGUCAGUGCUAAUUUCAAUAUUUUUAAAAUUGUUUUGCGCUGUCGAUUGGCUGACUGCAUAAACUUUGAAAGUAUGUAAUAGAAAUGAGAAGCUUGCAUUAAACAAGAAAAUAACAUACAAUUUUGAAUGUAAGCCAAUCGAUCAAAUCGCUACCCAGCAUCUCCAAAGUGGCCUUUUAGCCUUGCCCCCGGUAAAAUAAUUACCGAAAUGAUUUUAUAUAUUCUUCAUUCAUGUUCUUUUCAUAGUAGCACCAUUCCGCGUUCGUAGCAAUUUUGUAUGAUAAUUAUGUAUUGUAUUAUUGAGUUGUAUUGUAUUUAUUAGCUUGCAUUUUAGAGAUCCUCUCGCUUCAUUAAAAUAGUUUAAGCGCUGCUACAGUUAAGAUUGCUAAAAAGUAUUUUAUUUUCUGUCAUAGCAUUUCAUUGGACAAGAGUUUUUUAUAUGUAUACUGUGGAGGUAACGAUGCCGUUAUCGUUAAAUGCUGUAAAAACGUCGUUUGUAAGUUUUUACUUUCGUAUAGUUUUUGUUUUGUCCUUCAUAGAUUUUAAUAACCUCUAUUUUAAUAACAAUUUAUUAUGUAUCGUAAUAGAUAACUGUAUUAAAUAAGAAACCUUUUAUUGCGAGACUAAUAUCUACAUUUUGUACGAACAUUUUAGAAAUCCAGUCUCCCAUGUAUGCCUUUUUUCUUCAUUGUAAUAUUGUGAUUGAUUUUUUCUACAACGAGUCUAUGAAACUAAUAAAUCCGAUUAUACAUA